AUGACAACUGCUCGAAUCUGUGAAUUCAAUAAGAAAUUUAAUACUUAUUUUCAAAUUUAUAUGCCCAAGCAUAGACAUUUUCAACGAAAGAAAGUAUCCAAGGAAUUAGAUUGGGUAUUUUACUUACAUAAAUCACAUUUCUGUCUCAUAAGAAGAAAUAACAAAACCUUAGGCAUUACAGAAAUAGAAGAUAAUUACGAUGAAAACGAAUGGAGAACUUGUAGAGAUGAUAAUGCGGUAACACAAGUUUCACCUCUAAAACUAAAUGUUUUUCCAACAAUGCACAAUGAUUGUUUAUACGCAUGGGAUUGCGAAAGCUAUAGCGAAAAAGAAACGAAUAAAGCCAUUCCUUAUUCUUGCACGUUAAUUAAUUUAGAGAAAUUAAGAAAACUGUUAGACAGAAUAAAACAUAACUUUCCACAUUUAAAUCCCACUGAUAGUGUUCCAAAAGAAUUUUAUAAUAAAUUAAUGAAUAUAGUAGAAAUAUUUGUGGGUAAAGAUUGCAUCGAUCAAAUGUUGCAACGUUUAGGAAAAAUAGAUCAAAAAAGAUUAACAUUAAUUUCUGAUAACGAAGUUUUAACAUCGGUUGAUAUUCAAGAAAUAGUUAAAGCCGGUGGACGAAUUAUUAGAAUGUUAGAUGGUAUAGUAUACGAAGAAUAUAGAGAUUAUAUUUUAAUUUUGAUAGAUCUAAGAAAUAAAUAUAAACGAGAAGGUAAUAUCGUAGGUAGUAAUUGCAUGAAAUUAUUAGGUAAUUCAUUGUAUGGUAAAUCUAUUCAGAAGGAUAUAACUACAUCGAGACAUCUAUGGAGUGAAGCGACUUUAAAAGCCAACUUCGAUUCACACGUCAAAAGCUAUCCUAAAGUAAAUGAGACUCAAUAUAUCGUUGAGAUAAAUGAAGAAGAAAAAGAAUUUGACUGUACACCUCCUAAAUCUACACGACUAACACCUAGUCAAUUGGGGUCAUUCGUAUUAUCUCACAGUAAAAAAAUAAUGAAUAAUUUUAUUCACGUUAUAGAUGGAUUUUAUAAGCCGGAAAUAUGCUAUACAGAUACUGAUAGUUUAUACAUUUCUUCUAGCAAUUGGGAUAAAUUAAAUGAAACUGGGUUGGUGUCCGAAAAUGAUUAUUGUAAAGGAAAGAAUGAUUACGGUGAUGGUGGAAUUAUAUAUGGUUUAUAUUUAGCGCCAAAAGUUAAAUACAAUAUCAUUGUAACUUCCGAUGGUAUUCUAAAAGAAAAGAAAACGUUUAAGGGUUACUCUAAUGAUAAGAUAGCUGUAGAAGAUUAUAUUCGAUUAGCUAGUGGACAUGAUGUGACGAAUGAAUUUAAGAAACCAUGGGAAAAAAGUUUCACCAAUGGAGUAGUUAUUCUAAAGGAUGAUGAUAAACAAAUGCAAGUUUUCAGAAGUUAUCUGAAUCUCGUUAAGAGAAAGGCACCGGGCAGCGAAGAAAUCAUGUAUCCUUAUAGUGAUAAAGAUGAUGAGUUUGGAUGA